AUGAGUUCAUCAGAAGAUGCCAACAGUAACUGUUCGAUCUCCCUCAACGCUCCACAUUCCUCACCCAAUAACUCCAAUCCACAAAGCCCUAUUAGGAGCCCCGGUCUACCAGAACUCCCCAAGCUGCUUGAUGAAAAUGGCCGGGACUUGCUGAGCGAUGAAGUGAGCGUGGAAGGAUCAACGCUCGCCAGGAAAUGGUCGAAUGCCACCUUACGCAGGUUCGAUCGCUUUUGGUAUGGCCCAGCAAGAAAUUUGUUCUCUCAAGGGACUCAAGAUGAAGGCUCUCCUGUUCAAGACAGCGUGUCGGGUAGGGGUAGCAUGUCUGUUGAGAGAAGCCACUUAACGAUCAUUGAUAACCCCGAGCGCAAUGUGAUGGAAGCGGAUGAAUUGCCUCGCUUUUUGAACACCGAAGAUAAUUAUCGGCGGGUUUUUCACAGACCCCUAUCGCGAUUCUAUAAGCCCAAAAUCUUGCAGGAAAAACUGCUCGGCCCCGAGAAUUACAAAGACUGGGCUGUGGCAAUGGAGGAAAAGAUGAGGCAAUGCAGCAGAGCAUGGGGAUGGGAAGGCGACAUUAUGCUGGCGCUAUUGUAUGGUGACUCUAGCAGCCAAUGGACCCGACUCAACCCAAAGGUGUGGAUGAUGAUUUACAGCAACGUGUCUCCGCAUAUCCAACCUCGUCUAGCUGCUUUGGACAGUUUGGAUGCCCAUGAAGCUUGGCAGCACCUGGAGAGAACGUGCGGAGGGCGUGUGCCUUUGAGAGCACGGUCUGUCAAAGGUGUGCGCGAUAUUAUGAGCAUCAGGUAUGACAAGUGCUUGUCACUCAAAGAGUAUCUAGACAGGAUGAUCUUGUGCAUUCGUGCGAUCGAAUGCAACCCUCACGGCGAGAAAGAGAGGUCUCGCGGAGGAAAACGCAGUGAGGGUAUGGAAAACGAGUGGUUGUGGUGUCAAUUCAUACUCGUCAACCUUGGACCAGAAUGGGAAUCGUGGGUUUCUGAACUGAUGGAGAAGUCCAAAGACGGCGGACACAUGGCCGACGCUAUCACAAAUCUUCACAGGCUCUUCCAGAUCAUCGAGGCGGAAGAGGCCCGUCGCAUCCAAGCCUCUCGUUACACAAAGUUUGGCGAGUCAUGA